AUGUAUCCAGUCGGAAAAGUGCCACUAUUAAUCACUAAAGAAGGUAAAACCAUCGCGGAGUCUGAUGUGAUUAUGCGCUAUCUGGACGAAUCUAAAGGACCGGAGUCGCUGCUCGCCCGAUGGGGAGAAGCGGAAUUCAAACGAGCCGAAACGUUGGCAUCAAAAUUAGUCGCGUCGUACUAUCGUAUUUUGUAUACUGCCGAUUUUACCGAACAAGAUGCAAAUCUUUUCCGUGAGGGUUGUCAGGAGAUCAAUGAUGCCAUUAAAGGACCGUACUUUUUGGGGAACGAAAUAUCUUUGGCCGAUUUUCUCCUCUUGGCUCAUUUGAAUCGAUUCGAACCGGUCAUGGCUCGUUUGGAUGGGAUCGCCCCUAAGGAUGUACGUGAUGUAAAACCGAAAGACAAAAAUUAUGAGAAAUGGCCGCGGUUGGGUGCGUUUCUUGAAACGAUGCGCCGGCAGCCGUUUGUAGAAUCUGUCCGUGUGCCAGUACACACCCAAGCCAAGUAUGCGCAGACUCUCCGACAGGGUCUUCCAAAUCCGGAUCUACAGGACUGA